AUGCACUACAACCUCAUCGGAAGCAGAAUAAACAACCACUAUGUUGUGGAUCCUUACGUUAGUAUGCUAUACAUCAAGAGGGCUUACAAAUUCCUAAGUCUGUUGAAGAAGAAUAACGGGAAUGCAAUAAUCAUUGGAAACAAAUUUAAGGAAAUAAAGUUGGAAAAUUAUUUUCACAAAAUAGAACAUAAAGAGACGUGCGAUUUGAAUAUGCUAACCAACAUAACAAAGAACUUUGACCUGCUUAUUUGCACUGACCUUGUGUUAUACUAUCCACACAUUAAAAACAUACUAAUCCCAAAAAUGCUCGUUGCAGAUGGGAAUACAUUUGUUAAGCAUAAAAAUUUCUUGCAUGCUUUUGAAUAUUUCAUUCCUCUUACGGAUAGGAAGUUGGAUCACCACCUGCACUAUGUCUUGGCCAAGAAGUACCUUUCCUGA